CACAAUUUGGUCAUCAUCUCACACCUGGGCACGUAUUCAACCCCGCCACCACCUGACUCGCUCGUUGCUGCCCACUUCCAAAAAUUUGCCAAUCCCGAACGGCAGGACGGCCACCGACUCCACUCCGCCCGCUCCGUGUCUGAACUCUUCGUCAUCUUCUUUCAACUCUCGGUCUCUCAAGCGUCUCUUCGUCAGUUCCUUUCGUCCACGUCGCCAUUGUCCGACAUCCUCUUCUGACGACGACUGAAUUCACCGUCAGCAUACCGCGCCUCGGUUGCCGCAUAACCACUCGCCGCUAAAAGAUCUAAACAAGGGCGCGUGCUCCACGCCCCACCAACACCGCAAGCAUGUCGGCGAUCCCACAGGGAGGAGAUGCGGACAAGAACAUCGAGAUGUGGAAGGUGAAGAAGCUGGUCAAGCGUCUCGAGGCCGCUCGCGGAAACGGAACAUCUAUGAUCAGUCUCAUCAUUCCACCAAAGGAUCAAGUCUCGCGAGCGGCAAAGAUGUUGGCUGAAGAAUUCGGUACCGCAUCCAACAUCAAAUCGCGUGUCAAUCGCUUGUCCGUCUUGUCCGCCAUCACAUCCACCCAGCAGCGUCUCAAGCUUUACAGCAAGGUGCCGCCGAAUGGCCUGGUCGUCUACUGUGGUGAAAUCAUCACCAGCGAAGGCAAGGAAAGGAAGAUUAACAUUGAUUUCGAGCCAUUCAAGCCCAUCAACACUUCGCUCUACCUCUGCGACAACAAGUUCCACACCGAAGCACUGAGCGAGUUGCUCGAGUCGGAUCAAAAAUUCGGCUUCAUCAUCAUGGACGGAAACGGGGCUUUGUUCGGCACCUUGUCUGGAAACACCCGUGACGUGGUGCAUAAGUUCAGUGUCGAUUUGCCCAAGAAGCACGGUCGUGGUGGUCAGUCUGCCCUGCGUUUUGCUCGUCUGCGUGAAGAGAAGCGUCACAACUACGUCCGAAAAGUAUCCGAGCACGCAGUGCAGAACUUCAUCACCAACGACAAGGUCAACGUCGCUGGUCUGAUUCUUGCGGGUUCCGCCGAUUUCAAGAACGAUCUGAACCAGUCCGACAUGUUCGACCAACGUUUGCAAACCAAGGUCAUCAAGGUCGUCGAUGUCAGCUACGGAGGCGAAAACGGCUUUAACCAAGCCAUCGAAUUGGCUGCCGAAACCCUCAGCAACGUCAAGUUCAUCCAAGAGAAGAAGCUCAUCAACCGUUACUUCGACGAGAUCAGCCAGGACACCGGCAAGGUUUGUUACGGUAUCGAUGAUACACUCAAGGCGCUUGAGGCCGGUGCUGCCGAGACUCUCAUCGUCUUUGAGAACUUGGAAAUUACUCGCUGGGAACUCAAGUCGUCUGACAACACCACUGUCAUCCUCAACACUACGAAGCAGCAGGAGACCGGUGACCGUGCUCUCUUCAUGGACAAGGAGACGGGACAGGAAAUGGAGAUCAUCGAACAGAUGCCCUUCCUUGAGUGGAUCGCUGAGAAAUACCGUGACUUUGGUGCCACGUUGGAGUUCGUUUCCGACCGAUCCUCCGAGGGCAACCAGUUCGUCUUGGGCUUUGGUGGUAUCGGUGCCAUUCUGCGAUACAAGCUGAACUUUGAACAAUUGGCUGACGAUGACGACGAGGAUGAGUUCUAUGAUGAUUGACAAUAUGACUCCCUCCAUCAAUCUGGCCCUGCCGCCUUCACGACUUAUGAAUCUACGACUAAAUUGACGAACCUGAAAAGUCAUGCGAAGGCUCAGGCCAGCACGGCGUCUGCUUCGACGUCAAAGACCGUGCCUGCACCGGCCGGCGCUCACGACAAUUUGCAAGACGCACUCCACGCCUCUGCGCCUCACAAUCCUGCGCGAGAUGCUGCUGCACGUCGCCUGGCCGCCGUCACAAUUUCACGUACGGCCUCGAGCGAACAUGAGUCGAGUCCGGCCCCAGGGGGUGCAGACGUGGACUGCCUCGUGCCGGAGAACACGCAGUUGACAAGCACCGGAUCCUCGACAAUGACAGCAGCCAAUCGGACCAAGACCUUUUUGGCCCGCGAAAGAAUCGCUUGGGAGCAUCGACCAAAG